AUGUCAUUUUCUUUCUGCAAGGAGUUCGGCAAGGACAAAGUCAUCUUUGUCACCAAGCAGGACCAUGCCACGCCCAGCACCAUCGAGCUACCACCACCAGAACAACCGGAGGGCGUGAUCACCAAGGAUGGCAAGAUCAACUGGAGUUGUCCUUGUCUCGGCGGAAUGGCAACCGGUCCAUGUGGCGUCGACUUUCGUGAGGCCUUCUCCUGCUUCCAGAACAGCACGGCCGACCCCAAGGGUUCCGACUGCUACGAAGCAUUCACCAAGAUGCGCGACUGCUUCCAGAAGUAUCCCACCGUGUACAACAAAUCCGGCGGAGAUGACGACGACGAUGAUGGGUUGGGCGAUGCUUUGGACACGGAUGCGGAUUCGAUUGGUGGCCCGAAUGCAGAUCCGCUGGCGGAUGUUGGCAAUCCAGGAGGCGGCGAUGAGGCGGUGACCCCCAAAAACAACUCGGUGGUACCCAAGGCCUAAAUAGGAAUAGGUAUUAAACAUACUUAUAAGAGCUAGGUGUGAGUUCGUACAUAAUAAUAAAGAUUGUCGUAGUUUGGAGCCAAUCGGUUUCCAAUAAUAUUUCACCAUUUAUCGUGACUAUUGAAAAUAUGGAUUAGAGGAAAACAAUAAAGAAGAAGUAGUUGUUGCAAGUAAA